CAUGCGUAUUCGUCAUUUCACUACACUUAGAAUUUGCGCUGUCUGUUGGCUCGGCCACACUUCUCAUGUAAUCUCUCUCAUUAUUCGGGCCAACGUUGAGUAUACGUAGGCAAAAUGAGUGUUGAAAACCCAGUUAGCGACAAUGAUUGUGAGUCAGGAAAAGUAAAUGGCAAUAAAACUGAACACGUGAACGGUAUUCACAACGGAUAUAGUAGUUCCGAGAAGCACAAAAGCAGCCACAAGUCAUCAAGCAAAGAUAAGCAUCGCGACAAGGACCGCGACCACAAGAGCUCCAAGCACAGCAGCAGUUCGAGCAGAGACAAAGAUAAAGAGAAGCACUCCAGCAGUAAGAGUCACAGCAGCUCCCAUAAGUCCUCAAGCAAAGACAAAGACCGAAGUGAAAAAGAUCGCAGUGACAAAGAGCACAAAGAUCGCAGUGAAAAAGAGCAUAAAGAACGCAGUGAAAAAGACCAUAAAGAACGCAGUGAAAAAGACCAUAAAGAUCGUAGUGAAAAAGAUAAAGACCGCAGUGAUAAGGAUCGUAAAGACAAAGACAGAGAGCGCAGCGACAAGGACAAACACCGCAGUGAUAAGGACAGACAUAAGGAUAAAGACCGGAGCGACAAGGACAGGAGUGAUCGGGAUAAAGAUAAGCACAAGAGCAGCAGUAGCAAUGGUGAAAAGAAAUCAUCAUCCUCGUCUAAAGAUAAGGACCGGGAGCACAAGACCUCAUCUUCAUCAAAGGACAAAGAUAAGGAACACAAGUCAAGAGACAAAGAUCGUGACCGUGAAAAAGACAAGGACCGACACAGAAGUGAGAAAGACAAGCACCGCAGCGACAAAGACAAACACCGCAGUAGUAAAGAUAAAGACAAGCAUAGUUCCAGCAAAGAAAAGAAGAGUAGCAGUGACAAACAUGACAAAAUUAAGGAUGAACCCGAGUCUGAAGAUCCUUUGAAGAUUGAGCCUAUGCAGUUGGAUGAACCGGAAUUAAAAUCUGAGGUUAAAGAAGAGCAAGAUAGUGAUGAUGGAUAUGAUGCGGGUGCUGUCAAUAACACAACUGCCUCGUCUUGUGACUAUUCCCUGUCCCAGUUCAAAGAUGAGCCUCUGUCAGAGCUGCCUCCUGAGGAGGAGAGUGAAGAAGACACUCCACUAUCAGCACGCAUGGCACCUAAGCGUCGGGCCCCCAGUGAGAGUGAGGAUGACACUCCAUUGACCAUACGGAAAAAAACUAAGAAGAAAAAAGUUAAAAAAGAAUCUGGGUAUGAUGAAGAGAUGUCAGAUGAUGAACCAAAACUCAAAAAGAAAGCAAAGGCAAAGCCAGUUAAAGUCAAAGCUGAGCCUGAAGAUAGUGCAAGCCCCACCAAGCGGAAGAAGAAGCAAGAAGAGGAAGGAGAAGUCUGGAAAUGGUGGGAGGAAGAAAAGAAGGAUGACGGAACUAAAUGGAAGUUUUUGGAACACAAGGGACCACUGUUUGCUCCAGAAUAUGAGCCUUUGCCCGAAAAUGUCAAGUUCCGCUAUGACGGUAAAGUGGUCAGGCUGUCCGAGAGCGCAGAAGAGGUCGCCGGGUUCUACGCGCGGAUGUUGGACCACGACUACACCACCAAGUCCGUGUUCAACAACAAUUUCUUUGCCGAUUGGCGUAAAGUGAUGACCCAUGAGGAAACAAAGUUAAUCAAGGAUCUCUCCAGAUGUGAUUUUAAAGAAAUGCAAGCCUAUUUCCAGAUGUUAUCUGAAAAAAAUAAAAACCGCACUAAGGAAGAGAAAGCAGCAUUAAAGGCUAAAAAUGAGGAAAUUCAGAAAGAAUACGGAUUUUGCAUAAUAGAUGGGCAUAAAGAAAAAAUUGGUAAUUUCAGAAUAGAACCUCCAGGACUUUUUAGAGGGCGUGGAGAGCAUCCGAAAAUGGGUAUGUUAAAGCGGCGAGUUAUGCCAGAAGAUGUGCUUAUAAAUUGUUCUAAAGACAGUAAAAUACCCAAGCCACCAGCAGGUCAUAAAUGGAAAGAAGUCAGGCACGAUAACACUGUUACAUGGCUAGCAUCAUGGACCGAAAAUGUGCAGGGGCAAGGAAAGUAUGUUAUGUUGAAUCCUAGUUCAAAGUUGAAAGGUGAAAAAGAUUGGCAAAAAUACGAAACAGCAAGAAAGUUGCAUAAGUGUAUUGAUAAAAUCAGAGAAACUUAUCGCAAUGAUUGGAAGGCAAAGGAAAUGCGUGUCCGUCAAAGAGCUGUGGCACUCUAUUUCAUUGAUCGACUCGCAUUGAGAGCUGGUAAUGAAAAGGAUGAUGACCAGGCUGAUACUGUUGGUUGUUGUUCACUGCGUGUAGAACAUAUUCAAUUAUUUAAGGAAAAAGAUGGCAAAGAACAUGUGGUCAUAUUUGAUUUCCUGGGUAAAGAUUCCAUUAGGUACUACAAUGAGGUGCCGGUAGAGAAACGGGUGUUUAAGAAUCUCGAACUAUUCAUGGAAAACAAAAAAGACAGUGAUGACCUGUUUGACAGGCUCAACACGCAGACCCUAAACGAACACCUUAAAGAUUUGAUGCCUGGAUUAACUGCUAAAGUGUUCCGUACCUACAACGCAUCUAUAACACUACAAAAUCAAUUAGACGAGCUUACCGAUGGUGACGCGUCGAUACCAGAGAAGAUCUUAGCGUACAACCGCGCCAACCGAGCCGUGGCCGUGUUGUGUAACCAUCAACGUGCUGUGCCUAAAGGUCACUCUAAAUCAAUGGAAGCCUUGAAAGAAAAGAUCCAAGUGAAGCGUGAGCAAGUGGAAGAGGCCGAGCAGGAAUGCCGGGACGCCGCCAAGGCCGCCAAGCGCGGCUCCGCCAAGGAGAGGAUUAACCACGAUAAGAAGAAGAAGGCUCUUGAACGUCUGAAGGAACAACUGAAGAAACUAGAGCUUCAGGAAACUGAUCGUGAUGAAAACAAAACCAUUGCACUUGGAACUUCUAAGCUCAACUAUCUCGAUCCGCGUAUAUCUGUGGCUUGGUGUAAGAAGCAUGGCGUGCCGAUUGAGAAGAUCUACAACAAGACUCAGCGCGACAAGUUCCGCUGGGCGAUCGACAUGGCCGGCCCUGAAUACGUUUUCUAGGUACAUGUAAAUCAUGUAAUGCAUUGUUCAACAGUAGCUUCAACCCCAAAUGCAGCUCGCCAAGUCCAUAACAUAACAAAGGCUAUGAGUUGAAAGGGUUUCAUUUGAAUCGACCUGCAAGCGUUCCAGUUUUUUACGUACCCUUUUAUGAACUAUUGACCAUAAAAAUUAAGUGUGAUGUUUUGUAGUAUUCCUAACGUUUUGGACCCGAAAGAUCGAAAUAUUGUUCCUCAUAAAAAGGAUCCAAAUUAGAAGUCUGAUUCUAAUUUAUUUUAUUUAGAAACAUUAGUUUCGACAUUAUUUUAGUAUAGGCUUAGUUAAUUUAAUAUUAUAUACCUUCUGCAAUCUGUUAUCAUAUGUAUAUCUUAGAUUUUCAAUAUUUUCUAUUUUAGGGUCCCCCCACAUCUAGCGUCGCGUCGGGCCAACUGUAUGGGCAAAGCCUAACGCCGCGUCGACGCGGCGUCUUUUUCCUUACAGUUGGCCCGACGCGACGCUCGCGAGACGCUAGAUGUGGGGGGACCCUUAAAAAUACACCCUCUAUUGGUGUGUAAUAAGUUUCAAGACAACAUAGACUAGUGAAUAUUCAAAUAAAAAAGUGAGUAAGGCAGUUAUGGACUUUGUAUUUUUUUAUCAUAAUAAGAAGCUGUGAAUUAAGCAAUGGUUUUAAAUGCUUUCGUACUUUUAACUUUUAAGAGCGAAAUGGUUUAAGACUAGUGCUACUAGCUGAAUGAGACAUGUAAAUCAAAAUUAUCAGCGUGAUAAAAACGUUAAUGCAUUGUGAAUGAAGAUUACGUACUUUGGUUGGUGUAUUGAAACUAUCUAUCUACUUAAUAUAUAACUAUUCAGUAAUAUGUACUAGGUAAAUUUAGCGUACGUGCUUUAGAGUUAAUAGAUAGAUUACAUCAGUCGGAGUUAAGGAUAAUCUUCAUGUGUGUACAGUCAAAGAUAAAAACAGUUGUUUUAUAUUUUUACGGCUUUUGACGGCACGAAUGUGUAACCAUCUCACCUGUGAUAAGGGUAACUAUUCACUGUUGAAGAUGUGAUACCGCAUGUAUUGUGAACCUGCACAAUGUGCACCGCACUAGUUAUAACAUUAUCAGGGAAAUACACUAUGUAUUUUAUUUUUAUAUAAUUAAGAUCGAAUACAGUGGCAGAACAAAGCCGUCAAUGUUACGAAAGGUACAAUGUUAUAGAUAAAUUUGUAAUAUUACUUGUCUUGUAAAUAGAACAUUUUUACCAUGUCAUGCGAAUGUAAAAUGAGAUUAUCACAAAUAAAACAUUGACUCUAGGAA